AGAUGAUGUUUCUAUGGAAACACCUAGUGCUGCUAUCAAUCACUGGCUGCCUUGCAGUUUGUGCAGAGGAUGCACAUUUUCGUGGUCCAAGCUGGAUAACAGAGCCCAGUGACCUGAUUCUUCCCAUCCACUCACCUAAACAGGAGGCAAUUCUAACAUGUGAGGCUUCUGGCACCCCUCCUCUACAGUACAGAUGGUUUCUGAACGGCACUCUCAUUGAUCUGGACGGUGACGAAAGACGCCAUGUGUCAGGAGGGAACCUGUUUAUUAACACACUUAAGAGGGAAGAGGAUGCAGGGAUCUACCAAUGUUCAGCCACUAAUGCCCGUGGCACCAUCCUGAGCCACAGAGCCACUUUGCAGUUUGCAUAUCUUGAAAACUUCAAAACCCAGCCAAGAAGUGCUGUGAAUGUAAGAGAAGGCCAAGGAGUCGUUCUGUUAUGUGGAACUCCAAUGCAUUCUGGAGAUCUCAAUUUUGCCUGGAUCUUCAAUGAAUACCCAAACUUUGUUCAGCAGGACAGCAGGCGCUUUGUGUCCCAAGAGACUGGAAACCUUUACAUUGCUAAGGUGGAACCAUCUGAUGCAGGCAACUACACAUGUGUCGUGAACAACAGCAUCACAGAAGAAAAAGUCUUAAGUUCUCCCACCCCUUUGGUGCUGAGAAACGAUGGAGCAAUGGGAGAGUAUGAGCCCAAAAUAGAAGUUCAUUUCCCAGACACUGUUCCUGCUGCGAAAGGAUCUUCUGUGAAACUGGAGUGCUUCGCCUUGGGGAAUCCAGUUCCUAAGAUCACUUGGAGAAGAACUAACGACGUGCCAUUUCCCAGUAAAGUCAAGCUGAGAAACUCCAAUGCUAUUUUGGAGAUCCCACGGUUUCAGCAGGAAGACACUGGCACCUACGAGUGUGUUGCAGAGAACAGUCGAGGGAAGAAUGUAGCAAAAGGACGCCUUGCAUUUCAUGCCAAACCUCACUGGUUGGAGACAAUGACAAGCACGACCUUGUCUAUCGAAGACAGGCUGUCUUGGGAAUGCAAAGCCAAUGGAAAGCCCAAACCAUCUUUCAGCUGGCUGAGGAAUGGAGAAACACUUAUGUCUCAGGGCCGGGUGUUGAUAGAGAAUGGUGCUCUUACAAUAACUUCACUGAUCCUAUCUGAUGGAGGAAUGUAUCAGUGUGUAGCGGAAAACAAGCAUGGCAUUGUUUAUGCCAGCGCUGAACUGAUGGUUCUGGCUUCACCACCCAGUUUCUCCCAGAAUCCAUUAAGAAGCGUGAUGAAAGUUCUUGCUGGAACAGUAGUGACUCUCAACUGCAGGCCACAAGCUUCACCCAGAGCCAUCAGCCUGUGGAAAAAAGGAAGUGAGAUGUUUCCGAAGAAUGAAAGAUUUUCUGUCUUCUCUAAUGGGACGCUGAAGAUUGCCAAUGUGACUAAGCAAGACGGGGGCAUUUACACAUGCAUUGCCAAAAACCAGUUUGGCAGUGCGAGUACAACAGGCCGCCUGUUGAUCACGGAGCCGAGCAGGAUUACGCAGAGCCCUAGCAGCAUGGAGAUCAUGGUGGGUGAGAGCAUUGUACUACCCUGCCAGGUAUCUGUUGAUCCAGCACUUGACGUGAGCUUCUCCUGGGCAUUUAAUGGCCAGCUCAUCGACUUUCAGCACGACUCCGAGCACUUUGAGAGAGUUGGCAGUAAGUAUGCUGGGGACCUUAUGAUUCGAAAUAUUCAACUAAAUCACGCUGGAAAAUAUGUCUGUAUUAUUGAUACGGAUGUGGAGAGCUUGUCUGUGGAUGCAGUCCUUAUUGUAAAAGGUCCCCCCAGCCCCCCUGAUACUGUGCUAGUGGAGGAAAUUACAGACAGCACAGCUCAGCUUUCAUGGAGCCCUGGAAGGGACAAUGGCAGCCCCAUCACAGGCUAUGUCAUCCAGGCCAGGACCCCCUACACCGUGGGUUGGCAGGCAAUAGAGACAGUUCCUGAGGUGAUUGAUGGAAACACUCUGACUGCCACGGUGGUGGAUCUUAAUGCCUGGGUAGAAUACCAGUUCAGAGUGUUGGCCAGCAACAGUGUGGGGAUGGGAGAACCAAGCCCUUCCUCUGUCAAAACCAGGACAGAAGAUGCUAUUCCAGACACGGCUCCCACUGAUGUAGGAGGUGGAGGAGGCACCAAGUCAGAAUUAGUGAUAACAUGGGAGCCUGUCCCAGAAGAGCUUCAAAACGGAGAGGGCUUUGGUUACAUUAUUGCCUUUCGACCGGUGGGGACGGUUACCUGGACCCGGGCGGUGAUCUCCUCCCCCAGUGCGGCACGAUAUGUUUUCCGCAACGACACACUUCCACCUUUCUCACCAUUUGACAUCAAAGUGGGUGCUUUCAACAACCGUGGAGAAGGACCCUUCAGCUCCAUCACCACUGUGUUUUCAGCAGAAGAAGUGCCGAGCAUAGCACCUGAGAGAGUUGUGGUGAGAAGCCUCUCCGCCUUCGACAUUGAAGUCAGCUGGGAAACAGUAAUCACCAGUCCUGAGAGAGUGCUCGGCUAUGAGGUGGUGUAUUGGGAAGAUGACACUAAGCCUGAAACCAUAGGUAAAAUGAGAAUCAGCAGCAACUCCACUGCAGUCAAUGUUAGUGGUCUACAGGGCAACAGACUGUACUAUUUAGCUGUGUGUGCCUUCAAUACUGCGGGAAGUGGUCCUCAGUCUCUGCCCGUUAAUGUUACCACCAAGAAACCACCUCCAGGGCAGCCACCACAAAACGUAGAGUGGAGUCUGAUAGGCUCACAGCUCACAAUGCAGUGGGACCCAGUUAUAGCCCUGGAUACUGAGUCUGAAGUUACUGGAUAUGUAGUGCUGUAUAGGCGGCAUCGUAACAAUGACAUGUUCACCAUCACCACCAACAACACCAAAGUGGAGCUAACGCUUUCUCCCAAUGACAACUACGUCAUUCAGAUUAAGUGCGUGAGUGAGGGCGGCCUGGGAGAAGGAAGUGAACCCAUCCACGUUCACCAACUUAGCAUGGGAGCACAAGGUUCUGGAAUUGGAAAAACAGAUGCCAUGGCACUUCCUCCUCUCCUCAUUACUGCACUCCUGGCUCUUACAACGGCCUCCUGA